AUGCAGAGGUCUCUCUGGAGACACACCUUCUCGUCCCCUGCCUGUGUCCACGCCAUCGAAAGUUCCGACGAUGGCUCUCGCCGCUCCACCAUGCCAUCAUCAAACAAUGAAGAACCACGGAAGAAGAUGAACAAGAAGGUAAUGAAGUUACUUACCCUGCCCUUGAAGCACAGACAGCGCAUCCCCCAAGUGUUGAGAUCGCUCUCUUGGGGUGCGACUGCCAAGAAGGACUAUCCCAGGCAAAACAAAAAGGAUGGGGUCGUCUGUGACCGUGAGCGUGAGGAGAGCGAUGCGGAUACGUUCGUGUCCGCCAACAGCUCCGAGCUGCGCUCCUUCUCCACGGGCGUCGACGUCGACGACUCUGAGCCCCCGUCGUUUCGGCUCAUCCCGCCGCCGCCCAUCUUCCCAACCGGCAGUAUCGAACGUACUCCCCCAGCCUCUCCCAUGAAGAUCGUCCGAAAGCUUCCAUUCGGGUACGUUAUUGGUCGUCAGCUGGAUACGCCCGCGCCAUCACCGCCGCCGUCUGUGACAACGCUGUCAAGAAAAAUCAAGACUGCGAUGCCAUUGAUGGCUUGGCUGCACCUGCGGUCGAGGUCACGGAUGGUCAAGAAGAAGGUUGGCCGUGUUUUCAAACAAGUAUGUCAGCGAGGCAGGCGUGAAGGUGUAGAAGAAACCGAUGGCUGCAGCAAUGACGAUGAAGAUGUGUUCUGGAAGAAGGACGUGAAGGGACUUCGCUGUAGGCGGGUGCAGGACGACGACGCUCCAUACUGA